AUUGUGUAGGGUCGAUGCUCUGCCGCAUCACUUUUGGUUUGUGAAAUAUGUAUGCGCUUCAUGUGAACGUGAAGAAGGCCAAUAACUUGAAAAAUAUCGAAAUCUCAGGGAAGAGUGACCCUUACGUCGUUGUCGAUUUUCAAGGACAAAAACAGAAAACAAAAGUUAUUGAUGACGAUUUAAAUCCGAUAUGGAACGAGGAAAUAAUAAUCGAUUUAAAAGGAAAGCCUUUAGCUGCUUCCGACAACGUAUUGAUCAAAGUAAUGGAUUUCGACAAAGUUACACCAGACAAAUUCAUGGGACAAGCGUUGAUUCCGUUACAUUGUGUUUUGUCAACAACAGCUGAAGUACCUAUUUGCGUGGUACUACAGAAUAAAAAACAUCAAGAUACCAUGUCAACAAUUGAAUUGUCACUACGCUAUGAACUUCCACAAAACACGAAGGGAUUAGCCAGUAAUGAAAUAGAACAAGGCGGCGUAGGCGAUAAAGUGGAAGCUGGUGGCGCUGGUGAUGCUGGUGUAAGAGUUAGUGCGGGUAAAGGGACUGAAAUGAAUGAAAAAGAUACACUUGAUGAUGAACUGGGUGCAGGUAAACGUAAAAAGAAACUAAGUGGUCUGGCAGUCCGUCCCCAAUAUUCAACCAAGAAACAAGAUUUUCAAAUUCGUGUCAAAGUUAUUGAAGCUCGUCAAUUACAAGGUGCUAAUAUAUCACCAAUAUGUAAAAUUACGUGCUGGAAAGAAAGUAAAGAUACACGUGUUCGAAAUUCUACAAAUUCACCAUUUUGGGACCAGACAUUUUUUUUCAAUUUCUUCGAUUCAGCUGCCGAAAUGUUAGAUCAACAAUUAGUGUUCACAGUUUACGAUUCACGUCGUCUUCGUCGUGAUUCAAUGAUUGGUUCUUUCAAAUUCGAUUUAUCAAUAGUUUAUGAAUGCGAUCGUCAUGCAAUGUUAAAUAAAUGGUUGCUACUAUGUAAUCCCGAAGAUCCAAUGUCUGGUGCUAAAGGUUAUUUAAAAAUAUCAGUUGUUAUUCUAGGGCCUGGAGACGAAGCUCCGAUUAUGAAAGUUGGUGAAUCCGAUGAGAAAGAAGAUAUUGAAGGAAAUCUUCUACGUCCUGCUGGUGUUCAAUUGAGACCAGCAAUUUUUAAAAUUCUUUUAUAUAUGGCUGAAGAUUUGCCAAGAAUGGAUUCAGAUGCUUUUAAAGGAAUCAAGAAUUUACUUUCUACAUCCGAUGAAGAAAAAGAGUUUGUGGAUCCCUACGCACUUGUUUCAUUUGCUGGGAAAUCGAUUAAAUCUAGUACAAAAUAUGGAACAGAUCAUCCUGAAUGGAACGAAGAGAUUACAAUGAACAUUCAGUUCCCGUCAAUGUGUGAGAAAUUGAAAUUUACGUUCUUUGAUUGGGAUCGUAUUGGUUAUAAUGAUCCUAUAGGAACUGGGGUUAUUUCUAUAUCACAAAUUUCUGCUUUUCGUGAUGACACUGAUGGCUUCUUACCAACAUUUGGUCCAAGUUUUAUCAAUCUCUAUGGUUCUCCAAGAGAAUACAGUGAUCUUCCGGACAAAUACGAAGCAUUAAACUUAGGCAAAGGACAAGGUGUAGCAUAUCGUGGUCGUGUUUUGUUAGAGUUAUCAACUGAAUUAUUAGAUGAACCAACAGCUGAUUUGGUUAAACCAUUGGAACAAGAUAAAGUCGCAAGAAUCCAGAAAUCCUUAAGAAGAAGAAAAUACCAGUUGUAUGUUGCAUUUUUAUCAGCAACAAUGAUUGAAGAAAAAUCUGACGGACCAAUUGAAUUUGAAAUCAGUAUCGGUAAUCAUGGGAAUAAGUUGGAUGAAUCGGUCACACCAUGUGCAUCAACGACACCACCAACAAAUCCUGUAUCAGAUGGAUUACAUUACUACUAUUUACCAUGGGCUGAUGAUAAACCAUGCACUAUGGUUGAUUCUCAAUGGGAAGAUAUAUCAUUUCGUUUAGGUGCAGUUAAUUUAUUAUUGAGAAUUGCUGAUCAUUUGGAGAGAGGAAUCAGUCAUUUAAUGGUUGCCAUUAAAGCAAAUCUCCCAAUAGAAACUCAAGCACAAUUGGCAAUCUCUUCAUUAGAUGAAUUUAUUAUGGAUUGCAAUCAUGCCUUACCACAAUGGGAACCUGAGAAUAUUCCUCAAAAUGAAAUGGAUAUACAUUUACGUAAAUUACGUGAAGAUCAAUUAAAUACAUUACGUGAGCAAGCAAUAAAUACAAGAGAAACUGUUUCUGAAAUUGAUGAUGCAUUAAAAGAAUUGAAAUCUUAUCGAGAAACUAUUCUUAAUUUGGCAAUCGAACCACAAAUGAGUAUACCAGAUAUUAUAAUAUGGAUGUUAAGCGGUGGUAAGCGUACCGCUUAUCACAGAAUACCAGCUCAUGAAGUGUUAUACCAUGACAAUGAAGAUUACCGGGGAUUAAAAUGUGGUACAGCACAAACAAUCAAUUUAAAAAAACCCACCUUAUUGAAAGAUGAAAACAAGCCAGAAUGGAAAAUUCCGGCUCAGUUACGUGUUGUUGUAUGGUUUGGUUUAGAAAAGGACCGUACUGCAUGGACAGAAUCGCAUACUGAGGCAAAACUCCAAGUUGUUGCAGAAACGUAUGAAAAUCAAGCAUCAAUUGUUGGUAAUUGGGUGACUAAACGACCACCGUUAACACGUCCAUCAUGGUCUGAUAAUACUGGCCGAAUUGAAUUACCCAAGGAUUCUAUUCAAUUACCAACAGGUUGGGAAUGGAUUGGUGAUUGGUAUGUUAGUCCAGAGUUAUCGUUGCUUUAUAAAAAGGAUGCAGGAAAAACAAGUUUUGUUGAAGAAUUAUUCUAUAAUGAAUUUCGUACCCCAACAAGUCCAUGGAAAGUUGCUGAACCUGCAUAUACUGAUGCACAAGGAGAAGUGAAAGGUGAACCAAAAACAGUUGAACUACCAAGUGGCUGGACAUGGGCUGAUGAUUGGAAAAUUGAUUACAAUCGUCCAUGUGAUGAAGACGGUUUUGAGUAUACCGUAGAAGCAUCUACAGGUGGUUAUGUUGCAGCUGAAAAACUUUAUCAUAUGUUUCGUAGGCGACGACUAAUACGGUCACGGAUACUUGGUGAUGUUGGUGUACCUGUUAAACAAGAAGUACUAAGACAAGUGAUAGCACAUGAUCAACAAUCUCGUUUAUCAUUAUUACAAAGUUUAAGUACGGAACCAGCAGAAGCAUGGGAGUAUGCAUUCAAUUUCGAUUCAAAAUUCCAUACAAAAGAACGUAAAGUUGAUAUGGUUCGACGCAGACGCUGGCAUCGUGCUUUAGCGCCAAAAGAUCUAAGUUCAGAGACUAGUUCAUGUGUUUUACAAAUACGAGGCAGUUCAAAACAAGUGGAAAGUAGCAUGAAGUUGAAAAAAAAAGAGAAUCUCACUGUUCCAAGGAUGUUCAUGCGCUUCAGAACUUCUCAUAUCUGGCAUUUACGAGCAUAUAUCUUCCAAGCACGCAGUGUUUUAGCAGCUGAUCAAUCUGGCCUAUCUGAUCCGUUUGUGCGAUGUUCAUUUCAAGGGCACAGCCAAGAAACACAAAUUAUCCAACAAACUUUAUGCCCAACAUGGGAUGAAACAUUAAUAUUUGAACAUAUUGAAAUGUGUGGUGAUCCGAAAACAAUACUUUCAGAUCCACCACCAGUUAUGAUUGAGCUAUUUGAUUAUGAUCAAUUGAGUUCAGAUCAUUUCUUAGGCAGAUUACAGAUCACUCCUGCUGUUCGUCUAGACACAGAAACCACAUGGGCAAAUGUACUUCAAUGGUAUACAAUAGAGAAAAAUCGCAAAAAGGGUGGUGAAAUAUUGGCUGCUUUCGAGUUGAUUCUGCUUGAUGGCAAAUCUCCACCACCACCACCUACACGUCGUGGUACUUUAUUCAAUGUACCCGAAGGUAUACGUCCCGUACUCCAACGUACCGGCAUUGAAAUUCUUUGUUGGGGUGUUCGGGCAAUGCGUAAAUAUAAACUAGCUAGUGUUAAUUCACCGUCAGUAGAAUUUGAAAUCGGUGGUAAAGUAGUUGAAUCAACAAUCAUAAAAAGUGUGAAAAAAAAUCCAAAUUUUGCAUCGCCACUAUUAUUCUUAGAUGUUUUAUUGCCAAAAGAAGAAAUUUAUUUGCCACCAAUGAAUAUAUGUGUACGUGAUCAUAGAGCAUUUGGACAGAAACCAAUGGUUGGUGUACAUGUUUUAACAGAUUUUCAAGAAUUCAAAGUACCAGCGAGAACAUCACAAACAGAUGUUUUAAUGGAUAUACAAGCCUUAACUGAUAUUGCUUGUACAACACAAGAGCCUUGUCUGGCUGAACCUAAAGUAGAGCUUCAAUCACCAGUUAAAGGCAAAUCGAAACAGAAGAAAAAAUUUAUGGAUCUUAAACAAAUUGAUGAUAAAAUAGAUUGGUGGUCGAAAUUCUAUGCAUCGAUUGGUGAAUGGGAUAAAUGUUUAAAAUAUAAAGAGUUUGGUUAUGAUACAAUUUGUGUUUAUCCUCAUCCAUUGGAAGAAGUGGAAGGAUUUAAUGGAUUUACGGAUUUCUGUAAUACAUUCACGUUAUCAAGAGGUAAAAAUGUUGAUGAAGAUGAAGAUAAUUAUGCCGGUGAAUUUAAAGGGACAUUUCGUAUUUAUCCAUUACCAGAAGAUCCAAAAGAACAAUUACCUGUACGUUAUUUUGAGAAAUUAAGUGUAUCUUCUGAUCCGGAAGAAUGUAUGUUACGUGUUUACAUUAUACGCGCGAUUGAUUUACAACCAUCAGAUUCAUCAGGUUUGGCUGAUCCUUAUGUGGAAAUCAUUGUAGGUCAGCAUAAAGUUAAUUCGAAAGAUAAAUAUCUUCCAAAUACUUUAAAUCCAGAAUUCGGAAAAAUGUUCCAAAUGAAGUGUAUUUUACCCAUUGAAAAAGAACUACAUGUUAUAGUGAAAGAUUAUGAUGCAGUUGGUGCAGAUGAUGUAAUAGGUCAAACAGAUAUUGAUUUAGAAAACAGACGUUUAACAAAAUAUCGAGCUACAUGUGGCCUACCACAAUCUUACUGUGUUUCUGGACCAAAUCAAUGGAGAGAUUCAAAAUUACCAAGUGAAAUAUUACUAGCUGUAUGUGAUAGUUACUCAUUACCAGCGCCACAGUACGGAGAAACAACAGACAUUAAACCAAAUCCAAGUUGCCGUGUUGGUCAACGCGUAUUUGUAUUGGAAGAUUUUGAACGUGGUAUGGUACCAAAUCCACAUUUAGGACCACCGAAAGAACGUUUGGCCUUACAUAUUUUAAAUAAACUUCCAUUGGUAAAAGAACAUGUUGAAACGAGGUUGUUGUAUAGUCCAUUACAGCCUAAUAUCGAACAGGGUAAAUUGCAAAUGUGGGUUGAUAUAUUUCCAACAUCCUUAGGUGAACCUGGACCACCAUUCGAUAUUUCACCAAGAGAACCAAAUGAAUAUAUACUGCGUUUAGUUGUAUGGAAUACAUUUGAUGUUGUAUUAGACGAAAAAUCAAUAACUGGUGAACAGAUGUCUGAUAUUUAUGUUAAAGGGUGGUUAUCUGGUUUAGACGAUCGUCAAAAAACUGAUGUUCAUUAUAGAUCAUUAAACGGUGAAGGGAAUUUCAACUGGCGUUUCGUAUUUCCAUUUUUUUACUUACCAGCUGAAAAUAACAUAGUUGUUAAACGUAAGGAACACUUUUGGUCUAUGGAUGUUACAGAACAACGUGUUCGUCCACAAUUAGUAAUGCAAGUUUGGGAUAAUGAUUUAUUUUCACCGGAUGAUUUUAUUGGGACAUUAGAAUUAAAUUUAUCUAAUAUGCCUAGUCCAUCAAAAACACGUAGUAAAUGUUCACUGAACAUGUUGCAAUCCGUUGGCAAUGAAACGAAAUUGGUUAACCUAUUUGAAUGUCGACGACUGAACGGAUUUUGGCCAUUUGUUAAUGAAGAAAGUGGAACUCCACUUUUAACUGGUAAAAUCGAAAUGGAAAUGGAAUUGGUAACAAAAGCAGAAGCCGAUCUUCGACCAGCUGGUAAAGCACGUGAGGAUCCAAAUGAAAAUCCUCACUUAGAACAGCCAAAACGUCCAGAAACGUCAUUUUUAUGGUUUACAUCACCGUGGAAAACAUUCAAAUUCAUUAUAUGGAAAAAAAUGAAAUGGGUGAUUAUCGCGUUAUUGAUCAUUCUCAUCAUUGGCUUAUUAAUAGUAUUAUUUGUAUAUGCUAUACCGCCACUUUUGGCGAGGAAAAUGGUUGGAGUUUAAAUGGUCGUUACGAGACCCUUGAUUAAUAUUUUUUAAAAUUCACUCUUAAUUGCUAUUUUACUUCAAGCUUAUUAUAUUUAAAAUAAAACUGACAAUAAUUUGUUAAAAUUUCAUGAACAGUCAUUUAUUCUUUCGAAUAAGAAAGAACCUGUUUUAAACGAGAAUUUUGCAACCGGGAAAAUCCACUUUAUUCUCUGUUUGUUUUUAUCCAAAAAUAAAAUAGGUUUUAUGAUCUGAAUGAUAUGCAUAAAGGACACAAUCAAAUUUACUUUAUCAUGUGUGUGUUCUCUUUUGGAAAUUGUGAUAUCUGGUUUUAAUCCAGUUAUAUCAACACUUCCACUCAGAGUGGAAUUUUUGAAAACUCUUAUUUAUUUUAAAAAGAGGAAAAAAACCUACAGAAAUCUUCUAGUAAUUUGAUUGAAAGAUCUUAAUGAAGUCACUUUUGUUUUUCUUUUGAUCUUUCAUCAAUUCUUAUCUAACAUGUAAUACAGAGUUUCGAAAAAAAUAUAAUUACAUACCACUAUAGGUGAUGGUAAAGUUCAACUGGGAAUGGUUGAUUUCCCCUCCUAUAAUCAACCCACUUACUCGUAUCUUAUUUAAGUAGUUCAACGAAAUGAUACCAAAAUUGGUUCACGUCUUCCAAUUAAAUUGGCUACUAAGUAGGAAAUAACCCAUCUUCAUUUCUUCCUCGACAAAUAAUAAUAAUAUUUCUUCAGUUUUGGCCUUUUUUAAGUAUGCAAACGAGAAAAAUAUUCCAAUUUCUUAUUUUUGAAAACAUUAUACACUUUCAUUAUGGUUAAAAUAUAUGUUUCAAUUUAUUUUUAUGCAAUGAUCACGUACUGUUUUUAAAGUCAAUUUAGCUAAAUAAAAAUUCUGGACGCAAAAAAUUAUCAUAAAAGGCUAUUUCUUAUUUGAGUGUGGCCAUUAAGCAGACAAGCGACGAGGAAAUAGAAUUCUAGGAACAUAUCUACAUGGUUAGCUUCGACGGUAAUGUCCAAAACCAAAUCACCAAUUUAUGGGACACAAUACUACCAAAAUUCAUAAAACCACAAAAUUCCGUGGAAACAUUCCCUCGUCUAAUUUAUUGCAGAGCGAUUAAGUCACGUAAACAUGAAAUAAUGUGGGGAAAUGUAAAUAAACAUGAUGGUGAUGCAGUAAGGUUACAUGGUCUGAGUGUUAAAAACACAACUUUGUGAAACGUUGACAGGAUAUGCGCAAAUAAACAAGAGGUGUAUAACACUUAAUUAUAAUGUGCACAGGAUACAAUAAUUAAAACGUCUUUGCAAUAAAUGUAAUGAUGUAUGAAACAACUAAGUG